CUGAGGAUUUUCUUUGUCGACUUUAUUUAUUUAUCAAUUUUUUCAAGGUCCAGGAAAAAUAUAAGCACACUCGCGCCAAUCAGCUACAACCUGGAGGCCAUCAGCUUCUCUCUACAAAAUGUCUGUCCAGCAAGGAUAUCCCAAGAUUCACGAUCGCUACGACUAUGUAGAAUACAUACUACCUGGCUUUGUGACUGGGGUGUAUGCCAGCGCCUGCUUUGGGGGAAUGGUCAUUAGUGAAGGAAUCCGGGUUCUAUAUCGAUUUCCCCAAGACUCGACAAUCAUGCGAGUGAUGGUUCUAUGGGUCAUGGGAUGUUCACUGCUGCAUACGAGCUGGUUUGAGUACAUUGCCUAUCAUUACGCGGUUGAUGGAUUUCACGACGUGAGGAAACUCAACGCGGUAACUCCUCAUCUUGGUGCUCAUGUAUUUUUAUCCAGAUGCCUCGUCACAACAUCUCAGCUUUUUUUCUGCUACCGACUGUAUGUUUUUUCAAGCCGAGACUGGCGGGGGACGAGUCUAGCUAUCCUGCUUACUCUUGGGCAUGUCGCAUCCGCAAUCGGUACGAUGAUCCAGUUCGUCCGAGCAAAAUAUUACACGGAGCUCUUUCUAUUGCUUCCACUGGGCUUUCUUUAUAGCACAACGAUAUCCGGAGAUAUCCUCAUUACCGGUUCUUUGUUGUAUUUUUUGGGAAAGCAGAAGACUCACUACAUCAAGACCAAAUCCAUAAUCAAACGUAUCAUGCUUUUGUCUUUCCAAACUAGUUUUUUGACAACGGCGCUUGCUAUCGUGUCAAUCGGCCUUCUGGGAGCGCAGAGGGAACUGGGAAUUUUGUACUGCUUGACACUUAUAUCGGCACAGCUUUACCUUCUUUCAAUUCUGGUAACCUUGAACUCGAGAUUUGACUUUGCCAAGGCUUUCGCCGAGGAUGCAAACAAGAGUCUUUCGAGAUCAUUUCGAAUGAAUUUUCUCAAAUCAAAGACAAGAGAGUGGCCUGGCCCUGGAGAGGGUGUCAGCAUUCAGGUAGACCAGGUCGUUUUCACAGAUUUCGACGAAGAUAUUCUUGCGUCACCCAGAUUCACGAAGGUUCGCCCAGGAAACGGACAGGAUACCAUCCGAGCCCCCGCUGUGCCCAUCCUCGAUAACUUUUCCCAUCGGUAGACUGACACGCUUGUUACAUUAAAAUUGCUCUUUUUUCGGCGUCUUUACGUGUUAUGUUGUUUUGUUUUUGUUUUCUGCCAAUUUUGGAUUGUUAAUGUAAUCAACCAAGUUCACUAAAUA